AUGGUUCUCUCCUCCAAGACGACCACGGUCGAUAUACCUGGGCCUACAGCCAUCCCCGCCCCCACCUCGCUUUCCUUUGAGCUACGACAGAAGUAUGACAGCAACGGCGAGGUGAUCAAGGAAAACUUUGUCACAGUCGGACUUGCGAGCCCGGUCCUAUCUGACGAAGAGGCCGAUUCCUUCUGUGAAGAUGAAGUCGAAACUCUUGGGCAAGAACUGCAAUCUGCCAGUUUUGAGGAUGGUGAUUUUCACGUGGUCAUGAAGUAUGGGCUGAACAGCGAAUUCGAUGAGCACACUGAGCUCGCAUCUGCCAUGAUUGUGUCUGCAGCUUGUACAGGCGACGCGGGAGACCUCGCAAGCUUCCUUGAUCGCUCCCCCAAUCGACAUGCACUCAUUCGAAAACAAGACGAGAAGGGUCGAUCAUUGUUGCACCUGGCAGUGCCAAAUGGCCAUCGCGAUGUCGUUGAGUAUCUGAUAGGCGAGGGCUGCAACACGAAUGCCGUGGACAAGCUAGGGCGCACUCCGUUGAUGGAGGCGGCCCUUUGGGGACACCCUGAUCUGGUGGAGAUGUUGCUCGACGCCGGCGCAGACAAGGACAAAAGGGACAAGCGUGGCAUGAUUGCGGGUCGUUUCGCGGAAGAGUCUGCAAGGAAUGAAAAGGAAAGGCAUCAAAGAAGCACCAUCAAGUAUUCUGAAGACCCGUUCACCAAGAAACAAGACAGGACGCUGAUCCGCACUUUGCUUCGACACUCGCCGCCUCCGCGCCCAAGCUACCAGUCAAUCUCCGCCGGGGAUCUUCAAGGCGCGUACUUUCACAAAUCUCCCAGUGUCGGGACCAUCUCCCUGGUCAUGCCCCGUCUGGGCAUUGAGCUCUUUAGCCAGCGGAAGACGGCGGCGAUCCUGUUCCGCGGUGUCCCGUUCCCCCUUGUGGCGGCAGUGAGCGGUCGCACCGGCAAUCCCGCCACCGAGUUCAGGGCGCCGGAGGCGGGAUUCCAGAUGCUUAGCGAGGGAUACUGGGGAGGCAGCGAGAACUUUGGCGUUGCCGCAGACAUGGGGUUUUCGUUUCCGCAUGACGCGCGUGACGCGCGUGGCAAACCUGGUAGCUAUUACGCCUCGCAUGCGGAGGCGCAGCUCAUGUGUUUCUUUGUUCGGAGGAAUUAUCUAUUCCGGGAAGAUCGGCCAAUCAAGUCUGUGCUCGAUGAUCCGAACCCACCACCAGAGCCUGUGCACGAUGACUUUUUGCAGCUGUUUUUAGCACAGCCAAGGAAGAGGGAGGCGACGAUUGCGGUUAGCAAGGAUCCCUGCUUUUCGUGCACAGCAUUGAGAGACUGCAUCGAAGAGAGGCUGGGUAUUGAGUUCCUUCUUGCCUGCUUGCCUGUCAGAUGA